AUGGGGGCCCAAAAUCGCAUGAAACAGGUUUAUGAUAAGAAUCACACAGAAAGGGAGUUUUGUCCGGGCGAAUGGGUCUACUUGCGAUUGCACAACUAUCACCAACAGUCCCUUAGCAAACGGACCAACCAGAAUCUAGCCCCCAGGUUUUUCGAGCCCUACCGCAUUACUGCCAAGAUUGGUCCAGUAGCGUAUCGUUUGGCUCUCCCACCAUCAUCCAAAAUCCAUAAUGUUUUUCAUGUUUCGGUCCUCAAGAAAUGGCUGGGCACCGGGACACCUGUACAAGAUCAUCUUCCCAUAGGAGAAGACGAGCCAGUGUUUCCACAAGCUGUGCUGGAUCGCUGCAUACAACAGCAUACAUAUAACAGAUACACAUAG